AUGCCGCAAGACACAGGACAAGUAGACCAGGCCGCCCCCGCACUUGCGCCUACAGACAUAGAGGAUGUCGAACUAUUCCGGCGGUCACCACACCCAUACCUACGCCACGGGGACGAGAUACGCGGCCAGUAUCCUGAAAGAGCGCAUAGCCUAGGCCUGGAACCCCCAAGUCAUGCCGACGCGAGACUGGGCAAGAAUGGUGCAAAGCGCAGAGAACCAGUGUCGCAAUCACCCAGCGAAAGCGGCACCGAGGCAGACGACGAAGGCUACAACCUAGUCAAAGCACUGCCUGCGCCUCCUCUGCGCCUCCACAAGGGACUUCGUAAUGCGCGGCCCAGGGAAGGCGGGCAAUGGGCUAGUCCUUUGCUCACACCCACACAAAUCGACGAUGAAGGGAGCAAGUUUUCCGACGAGUUCGCCAAUGGCGGUAAUCGGGGGAAGCGAAAAGGGAUCGCGUACCACCUCGACGAAGAGGCAAGGGCAGCCAAGCAAAAGUAUCUCCAACGGCGGCGGAAUGAAAUGGUAAGGCGAGCGACCGAGACGGCUUUGCUCGCUGGCAUUGGCAUUCUUGCCGUCCAUGGAUGCGAGUGCUGGAGCGAGCUGCUGUCAUGGCACAGAGCAGAACUGCUCACGCAUACUACUAUUAUAGUGACAUUACUUGGUCUAUAUCCGCUACGACUACUCUAUUAUUCUUGGGGGAAACAUUCGAAUCUUGCACUUCACCGGCGGAUCCAUGUACCGGCAGCUUUCGAUCCGGCUACGAUACUAUACCCGCCAAUACUGCCUGUACUAAUCGCCAUUUCACUUUUUGCUUCAUCGCCCAAGCCUUUGCUUCCAAAUAUCCUGCUUGGACUGGCAGCGUUGCCAGCCAGAAUUAUUCCUUUCAACCCUUCACCGUUGGGGUAUUCAUCGCUUCACUGGUUAAUUUCCAUUCUGCCGCUCAUCGCGGCUGAAAAUACCGAUAUACCAUCUAGACUGACUGCAGAGAAGCCGUACAAGCUCAAACUACCGCCUCCGCACCAAGGGCUGGAUCCAGAAGUGCUUGUCUGUCUGUUUCCUCUACAUCAGGCACUACUGCCGCCUUUGUACUACCUCACUACAACGAGCCUUCUGCCAACGGAGCUGCACCUGCUGUCGAUUGGGCUCAUCAACUUACUUUUAUUUUCCGACUCGCCUCAGGCGAUAAUACUUAGCAUUCUGCUCUGGAUGGGAGGGCUGGGAGUAUUUGUAUGCUGCGGCAAGGUGCUCAAGUGGGGGGUUACGCUCGCACGCAUCCCACAGUGGAGGCUCCGGCGCGCAGGCCAGGUAAUUCGGGCUCGUCAAAGCUUUUUGGAAAUAUUGAAUAAGAGCCUGGGCUCCAGACGCAAUGGACAUGGCUCUGCAGCGAAGAAUGGCGACAGCGAUGCAGAUGAUGAUGAUGACGCCGCUAUGUUUGGAAAUAAGACCGAAGGCCUUAAGAUUGACAUACCUCAACGCAGUACUGCAGGUAUCUUGUCUACGGGCAGAGCGGAGCCACAGUCGGCUGCCGAAACGACAAAGAAGUUUUUUGACAAGAUUAAUGGAAAGAGCGAGGAAGCGUUUGGCGUGGGCCGCACGCGUAGGAACACUUUGCCUAUUCUUUCUGCUGAAAAUCAGGCAUCACCGCAUCGAUUCUCGCAUCGAAAACGAUCCCGAUCAAUUGCACAGUCAUACCUGGAGCUUACACCUGCACAAGCAACACUACGGAAGUGGCUGUAUGCCGUGUACUUUUAUCUAGUAGUUGUGAUUUUGAUACUGGGCCCAAUCCGGUAUGCCGUCAGCAAAUGGGCACUGUAUGGGCAGGAGCCAUUUGGAUGGGCGAUUAGCUACCUGUUUGGCAACCUACCGAGCGUGCGAUGGAAAGUGUUUGAGUGGAACCUGGACUGGUGGAUAGCGCUGCCGUUGAGAGAAAUGUCGGAUGAUAUGGCAGCAGGGGCACAGGACAUGGCACUCGGCGAAAGGGUUGGGCUUGUGCUGCUAGGCGAAGCCAACACACGACUGUUGCUGUGCAUGUACUGCAUGGGCACCAUUGUGGCGGGCCUUGUUGCAGUGUUUUCACUGUCUGCUGUUGUUGAGGUGGACACGCGCCGCAAGGUGUUUCACGGAACCAUGGUGGCCAUGCUGCUGCCGACCAUCUACGUCGACCCAUGCUUUGUGGCGCUAGCUCUGGCACUUGUACUGGCCAUUUUCAUUCUGCUGGAUCUGAUCCGCGCUUCGCAGCUUCCGCCGCUGUCGAAGCCGAUUGCUAGAUUCCUCACGCCAUAUGUAGACGGGCGGGAUCUCCGUGGACCAGUAGUGGUUUCGCACAUUUUUCUUCUCAUCGGCUGCGCAAUUCCGCUCUGGCUAUCUCUGGCGGGAGUCGAGCGGAGUGGGGGGGAGCCAUGGCGAGAGUGGGGGGUCAAGAACCGAGACAUUAGCAUGGUGUCAGGAGUGGUUUGUGUCGGAAUGGGAGAUGCAGCAGCCUCGCUCAUCGGGAGGCGCUACGGACGUCGCAGAUGGCCAUGGGCAGGUGGCAAGUCACUGGAGGGCUCGCUGGCCUUUGCGGUUGCGGUGACUGUUGGGCUUGUGUUUGGCAAGGCAUGGCUGUACUUUGGAUGGGGGAGUGGUCAGAUGGUGCCAAAGACAGUGGGGAGCUGGGUGAGGGAGGCAGCGAUGACGAUGGGAAAAGCCAGUAUUUGCGCAGCAGGAGCGAGCUUGAACGAGGCGGUGCUCACAGGCGGCAACGACAACGUGAUUGUGCCAGUGGUGCUGUGGGUUCUUGUGAGAGGGGUCAGGCUGUGA